UUCGAGCGCCCCGGCGUCUGGGCCCGGCGAGGGGAAUGGUCGCCGAGGCCCAGGGCGUCGAGCUUCCGCGCGCCCCGUGAGGGGAACUGGAGAGCCUCGAGGGACGACCCCCCUCUCCCCCCGACUCCAGGCGCGAAAAGCAAAUGUGCAAUACCAACAUGUCUGUGUCUACUGAUGGUGCCGUAAGCACCUCACAGAUUCCAGCUUCGGAACAAGAGACCCUGGUUAGACCAAAGCCUUUGCUUUUGAAGUUGUUGAAGUCUGUUGGUGCACAGAAGGACACUUAUACUAUGAAAGAGGUUAUAUUUUAUCUGGGCCAGUAUAUUAUGACUAAACGAUUAUAUGAUGAGAAACAACAGCAUAUUGUGUAUUGUUCAAAUGAUCCUCUAGGGGAUUUGUUUGGAGUGCCAAGCUUCUCUGUGAAAGAGCACAGGAAAAUAUAUACAAUGAUCUAUAGAAACUUGGUGGUAGUCAAUCAGCAGGAAUCAUCAGAUUCAGGCACAUCUUUGAGUGAAAACAGGUGUCAUCUUGAAGGUGGAAGUGAGCAAAAGGACCUUGUGCAAGAGCUACAGGAAGAGAAACCUUCAUCUUCAGAUUUGGUUUCUAGACCAUCUACCUCAUCUAGAAGGAGAGCAGUUAGUGAGACAGAAGAAAAUUCAGAUGAAUUGCCUGGUGAGAGACAAAGAAAGCGCCACAAAUCUGAUAAUAUUUCCCUUUCCUUUGAUGAAAGCCUUGCUCUGUGUGUAAUAAGGGAGAUAUGUUGUGAAAGAAGCAGUAGCAGUGAAUCAACAGGGACUCCAUCAAAUGCGGAUCUUGAUGCUGGUGUAAGUGAACAUUCAGGUGAUUGGUUGGAUCAGGAUUCAGUUUCAGAUCAAUUCAGUGUAGAAUUUGAAGUUGAGUCUCUUGAUUCAGAAGAUUAUAGCCUUAGUGAAGAAGGACAAGAACUCUCAGAUGAAGAUGAUGAGGUAUAUCGAGUUACUGUGUUUCAGGCAGGGGAGAGCGAUACAGACUCAUUUGAAGAAGAUCCUGAAAUUUCCUUAGCUGACUAUUGGAAGUGUACUUCAUGCAAUGAAAUGAAUCCUCCCCUUCCACCUCAUUGCAACAGAUGUUGGGCCCUUCGUGAGAAUUGGCUUCCUGAAGAUAAAGGGAAAGAUAAAGGGAAAAUGUCUGAGAAAGCCAAACUAGAAAACUCAGCACAAGUAGAAGAGGGCUUUGAUGUCCCUGACUGUAAGAAAUCUACAGUGAAUGAUUCCCGAGAAUCAUGUGUUGAGGAAAAUGAUGAUAAGAUCACACAAGCCUCCCUGUCCCAAGAAAGUGAGGACUAUUCUCAGCCAUCAACUUCUAAUAGCAUCAUUUAUAGUAGCCAAGAAGAUGUCAAAGAGUUUGAGAGGGAAGAAACACAAGACAAAGAAGAAAAUGUGGAAUCUAGUUUUCCUCUUAAUGCUACUGAACCUUGUGUGAUUUGCCAAGGUCGACCUAAAAAUGGUUGCAUCGUCCAUGGCAAAACAGGGCAUCUUAUGGCAUGCUUUACAUGUGCAAAGAAGCUAAAGAAAAGGAAUAAGCCCUGUCCAGUAUGUCGACAACCAAUUCAAAUGAUUGUGCUAACUUAUUUCCCCUAGUUGAACUACCUAUAAAAGUAGAAUUGUAUAUUUCUAUGUAAGUAAAGACUUAGAUAUGAAAUCUAUUUUUAUUUUUUUAGCUACGUCAAAGCAAUAAAAUCUACUACGUGUAGAUUUCUCACAAUAGUGGAUAGUCACUUUUAAGAAAAUGCCUCUUCUGUUGAUAUUUUAUAUUUGGAUCUUAAUGUCAUUUGCAUUGCAUAUAUCAUCCUUUACCCCUCUACCCGUCUUUUUUUUUUUUUCCUUUGGGCUGCACAGCACCCCAUGGGAUCUUAGUUCCCCAACCCUGCACCGAACCCACACCCCCUGCAGUGGGAGCACAGUCUUAAUGCUGGACCGACAGGGAACUCCCUACUGUUCAUAUUUUAAAUAAUUUACACUUUCUCUUAAAUGAGAAGUUUCUGAUCUUUUAAGAAAUAUAUAAACACAUUUAAAUGUAACUUAUUUAGUACUUUUCAUGUAAGAAGGAGAGGUUCGUGUGAAAGAUUUAAUAUUUAAAUUUUAGAUACUCUUAAACCUUCCAGUCCUUAGUUUCAGAGACUCUGAAAAUACUAUAUCCCCUACAUACAAACCUUCAGGAUGCCACUUUUGCAAAGAUACAAACGUAUGUUUGCAUAUCUAGUCACAGAAGUUAGUUCACGUGAGUGGCAAAUGUUGUCACGUGCGUGCAUCCUUUACAAGUGGUUAUGCUUUUGUGUACCUUACUGUAUGAGUAGGAAUCUCCAACCCCCCAGGCCAUGGACUGGUACCAGUCUGUGGCCUGUUAGGAGCUGCGAAACACAGCAGGAGGUGAGUGUGAGCAGGCAAGCAAGCAAAACUUCAUCUGUAUUUAUAGCAGUUCUCCAUCACUUGCAUUACCGCCUGAGCUCCACCUCCUGUCAGCAUUAUGGUGAGUUACAGAAUUAUUUCUUUAUAUAUUACAAUGUAAUAAUAAUAGAAAUAAAGAGCACAAUUAAUGUGAUACACUUCACUCAUCCCGAAACUUUCCCCCACCCCACCCCAUAUCGCAGGCAGCAGAUGCAUGCUCUUCCACAAAACCGGUCCCUGGCACCAAAAAGGUUCAGAAAGGUUGGGAACCACUGGUAUAUAGAGUACAGUAGUACAGUAUCUUUAUUUCAAGCCCAGGGUAUCUGGAAGCAAGAGUAAAAGCAGCAGUGGUGUAGCUGGUACUGCUAAGAAGUUCCAAGUGAUGAUGAUGAAAACAAAAGGGAAAGUAAUUGAGAGUGAAGCAACAAGAGGAAGAAGUAACUGAAGAACCAAAGAGAUUCACAACUCAGAAAAUGGCAAGGGGAUUUUCUUUGAGGAGGCACUGUUAGUUUGAGGCACAGGACCCAAAGAAAGGUUGCAGCAGCUGUGCAGAUGCAAUCCAGUGCUACCAUGUUAUCUAUGCUGAGGAGAAAAGAACUACUACCCAGACAUCACUGGAUCGUUUUUUCAAGAGGAUAGGUAGAAUUGAAUCCAGCAAGGAACGAGAACCUGUGUCGUCAACAUCAGGCGUGAGUGAAAUUGCAGCUUGCCCUCCAUCUGUUGCUGACCAUCCUUCAGCUCUACCAUCUCCCACCUCCUCUCCCUUCUCCAGUCAGUAACUCUUCUUGCCUGUUCACUGAUGCCAGCCCCUGUAUGCCAGCUGUUAUACUGUACUACUGUACUUUUCAAGGUACUUCACUGUAAGAUUAAAAAUGUUUUCUUUA